GCUGGCUGGAUCUCGUGACGCGUACAGUCCAAAAAAAGUGCCACGGCGAACCAAAAACUGCCUCUUUAUCAAAUAACAACGAGCUGGUGGGAGAGAAAAAACGACCGGCCUACCUGACGAAGAAAAAAACGAAGAAGUGGGAGCGUCGUGGGAGGGUGGGCCACCUGUGACGGCACAUGAGUGGAGAAGAGCCUCGAGGCAGCCCCACUGUUAGUAGCCUACUGCGCGUGGUUCAGUGGGUGUCUGUGUGUUUGAGAGGGUGUUUCGGCGUUUAAAGUCCACUUGGAUUAUCUUGAGCUCAAGGAAACGUUCAUAUCUUUCUGUUCGAGGAAUGUGUACGUGAUUCAGGUUCCUUUUGGUUCUCAACAGCACUAGGGGGAGGGGCUACCUGCUUGCCUGCCAGUGAGUGGGUCUUUGUGAGUCCUACAGCGAAUAUGUUUGUGUGAGUGCCUUUGCAUGUGUAUGCGCCCUGGUUGGAGAGUGUGUGUGUGUGUGUGUGUGUGUGUGUGUCCGUCCCAUGAGACGCUCGGCGGAGAUGCAGGGAGCUCGAUCCUCUGCGGUGCGGUUCCUGCUGCUGAGCUGCUGUGUGUGUGCAGCAGCCAGCUACCCGUUCAGAACGCCCCUGGACCUGGAUGUGACUCCACGCGUCACCGUGUUGAACAGUGGUCUCCAGGGCUGCAGACGUUUCCAGUCCUCUGCAGUCGGCUACAGCACCAUGUUGCUGGAGGCUGACAGUGAGCGUCUCUUCGUCGGGGCCCGGGGGGCUGUAUUUGCUCUCAAUGCCUCUGACAUUUCAGCCAGCUCUGCUCUCACUAUUGAAUGGGAAGCAUCCCCCGAGCAAAAGCACCAGUGUCUGCUCAAGGGAAAAGACAAUAAGACGGAGUGUUUUAAUCACAUCCGCUUCCUCCAGAGGUUCAACUCGACUCAUCUCUACAUGUGUGGGACUCAUGCCUUCAGACCCCUCUGUGCAUACAUUAAUGAGGAGAAGUUUGUGAUGUCGUCUCAGCCUGAAGAGGGCAGAGACAAAUGUCCCUACGGCCCGACGACAGGCUACACUGCCCUCAUGAUCGACCAGCAGAUGUAUACGGCUUCCCAGUACGAGUUUAGGAGCUUUCCAGAUAUCCGCCGCAACUCUCCGUCCCCCACACUGAAGACAGAAGAUGCCCCAACACGCUGGCUGAACGAGGCAGACUUCGUGGGCUCGGCACUCGUGAGGGAGAGUUUGGGCAGCAGCACUGGCGAUGAUGAUAAGAUCUACUACUUCUUCACCGAGAGGAGCCAAGAGCAGACGACAACCUACAGCCACAGCAGGCUGGCACGAGUGGCUCGCAUUUGUAAGGGGGACCGGGGAGGCCGUUUAACUCUCCAGAAACGGUGGACGUCCUUCCUCAAGGCCAGGCUGACAUGUUCUCUGCCCGAGUACGACUUCCACUUCAACAUGCUGCGCAGCAUGUUUGUCAUGCCUGGCCUUACGCCGCAGGACACGCUCUUCUACGGCAUCUUCGGCCUGGAAUGGAAAAACGUGAAGGCAUCUGCGGUGUGUCGAUUCUCUCUGUCUGAAGUCCAAGAGGCCUUUCAAGGACCAUACAUGGAGAACCAAGACUCUGGCUCUAAGUGGAAGGAAUACACUGGAAAGAUCCCUGACCCACGACCUGGAACGUGUAUAACUGACACACUGAGGGCCAAGGGCAUCAACGUCUCCACCUCCCUGCCUGAUGAUGUGCUGAACUUUGUCCGGAGGCAUCCUCUGAUGUCCCGGCAGGUCCAACCUUUAGACAGACGACCGCUUUUGUUCAGGCGGACGACAGACUACACACACAUGGCUGUAAACGUGAUCGAAGGCUUAGAUGGACGAACAUACCAUGUAUUGUACAUGGGAACAGAUGAAGGAUGGUUACAUAAAGCUGUAGAAAUCGAGGGUAAGCUUCACAUUAUCGAGGAGCUUCAACUGUUUGAUGAACCACAGCCUGUAAUCAACCUGCUGCUGUCAGCAAAACAGAUGAGUGUAUACGUGGGUUAUCCAUCAGGCGUGGUGCAGCUUCCCCUCUCUAGCUGUCACAGAUACACCUCCUGCUACGACUGCGUCUUUGCCAGAGACCCUCACUGUGCCUGGAACGGAGCACAGUGUGUGGACGUAAUGGCUCAAGCAGACAGAUCCACUUUAGUCCAGGACAUCCAGCAGGGCAGCAAAGGAUGUGAAAACACAGAAUAUGACGUUGUCGCGCGGAGCCGCUCUGUGCGGGUGGGUGACGACGUGCUGCUGCAGUGUGAGCUCAGCUCAAACUUGGCUACGCCCCUCUGGACUCUGGAUGGCAGCGAGCUGCAGGGCUACGGCCUCAACUCUGGCUUCAGAACUGGGACAGACGGCCUGCUGAUUAUCGAGGCCCGGCAGGACCAGAGUGGGCUGUACACCUGCUUCGCUGUCGAGAACAAUAUCAAGGUUGCCAUAGUUACCUUCAAUGUCACCAUCCGCCUGGACCUGCCUCCUCCUCCACCCGUUGAGCCAACAGAAAACCCUUACAGUUUCUUUGCCACCCUGCUAGCCCCCACUGAGCACUCCUCUUCCGAGAGGCCACCGCCCCCGGCCCCUCUCCUCCCACACUCAGAGCUGCUCUCCCCCAGGAACAUGGAGGCCAUAUAUCUGUCCCUCAUCACCAUCCUCGGAGGCCUGUGUGUAGUCCUCACUGUAGUGCUCGUCUACGUGGGCUUCUGCCUGCGAGUGGGCAACAGAGGGAAGUAUUCAUUACGAGCCGCUGCUUCAGCCUACCCGAACUGUAAGAGGCACAACAGGAACAGAAAGCAUCACAGAAACUCCUCCCAGAUGGAGCUGAAGACCAUCUCAAGCCACUGUAACGGCAAUGGCAUUUGUAAUGGAGUUUCAAAGCAGCACAACGGCGACAUCCAGGAGGGAGGCUUCCUCCAGAUCGUCCCCGGAGAGGCUCACUCGUCACCCAAUAUGGAGCUUCCUCCCCCAGCACCUCCUCUCCCACCAACUCCACAACAUCCCUCUCCAGAGUGUGACUUCCCCAACGGGUUAUCGGCCACGCUGCCCAGCGUCUUGCGGAGGAUGAAGGGCAACAGCUACGUGCUGCUGAGGCAGAGCGAGUCAGAAAGCACGUCACCGCUCUGCUACUCCUUUGCCGAGGAGCUGAACAAGAUCUUAGAGAAGAGGAAACACACUCAGCUGCUGCCAAGGCCGGACGAGAGCUCUGUGUAGAGAGAUGUAGCUCCCCCUGUGGUGGGAGGGCAGCUGUGUUUUUACUUGGUGCUGAAGUGCCUGUCAUAUGAUUCUAUAUUGUUAAGGACUAACGCAAUGAGAGAGUUUUAACUACAUUCUUUGCUUUGGAUUUUAGUUUUUUACGAGUCCACAUUGAGACAUUCCUUCUUUUUUAACUUGUGGGCUGCUUGUUAACCUUAAUUCACAAAUUUCCCAACACAUAACAAGUGAGUGACAAAUGCCAGUGAAGGAUUGAGCAUGAAAUGACAAGAAAGUGCAAUCUACCUCACCUCUUUACUGCCCAGGAGGACUUCUGCAGUCAGUCUGUGGUCUGAUCCGAGUAUCAAGACACAAAACGCGACACACAGACUGCAGCAAGGAAGCCCCAUGGGAAUAUAAAUACAUGUGAAGACUUCUGCUGUGUGGCGGCCAUAUUUGGAGGGCAGCGAGCCAAAGUUUGUUUGCACUGACAAGUGCACAGAUGGCCUAUGCAUUUUUAAACAUGACAUUCACAUAUUAUACAUAUUGAGGGAGGUGGACAGGAUGAGUAAGGGAAUUUGUUGUACAAUAUUUUCACAUUUAAUACCGACUUAAUUAAUUGCAAUAUUACAAUAUGAAUACUAAUAACACAAACGUAUAUACAGUAAUUCAUGACAGCACAUAAGGAUGAAAAGAAUAAAGAAAUGGUGAACUAAUCAUUAUUUAAUAUUACUAUUAACCUUAAUCCGGAGUUCAGUAAUUAACCACAUUGUCGAUAAUUUUUUACAUUGUUUUAAAUUAAUCAUUGAUAAUAUCAUGUAGUUUAUUUAUUAAUUGAUGGCAAUAUUGAGAAUUUGCCGUUCAUAUGUGGUGUUAAAAUUGUAAGAAAUGAAGUCAAUAACUUUGACUGCCACAAUUACCUGAUAUACAGGUAAACUUUUAAUGAUCGUAAGAGUUUUUGCUAAUGCAAAUAAGCAUAACUGUAAUUUACAGCUGCAGCUGAGGCUCACAACUUAUCAUAACUGGUUAAACGUGGCCUCAAGGUGAAGCCUCCUGUUGGCCUUUAAUAUAACGUCACAACUCAUGUCUGUAACGGCUAACAAGUAGGCAUUAAACAUACAUUUACAUAAACAUUAUUUGGCUUCAUUUUAGAUAUAAAAUUCCUUGUAAAUAAUAAACAAGGAAAUAAUAUUAUUUAAUCUUUGACAUAAUUGAACAAAUAUUGAAUAGUGAUUAUUCACCAAGUGUUAAAAGACAACCUGAAGAACAUAUGACAGUAUUAUUAUUAUUUGAAUGCACUUUAAGUAGUUUUUAAACGCAAGGUAAUGAACUCUAUUAUGGACGUUGAUUCUGCAACCUGUCAAGAACCAGCAGGAUGGAGGAGCCUUUUGAUUGGCCGGUUCUCAUUAUGGAGAGCUGCAGCGGGGAACGCCACAAAUUGGUCUGCUGGACCUCGUUUGACACAAGAAAAACUGCCUCGGCUGAGCCUCAAUCCACCGCUGAGCAACGGCCGACAUGACACUAUAGCAGAGAAUCACAAACUGUGGGGCACAGCGUUCACCCAAAGUGUCAAAGGUGUCAUGUGCACAGGUCAGUUUGAGUUUUCUCCUAAUUUCAUUCCUGGGGAUACCAUCUGUUCACUAGAGUCGGAUGGCAAGACCCGCUUUAAAGAUGUUCUAUAAAUGAACAAUGAAAUCAAAUUCAGCUUCAUCCCUGGACAGCGGAGCCAGACGAGAAAGAUAAGCUGGACAAGAGCAACAGCAUCAGAAAGCUCUGCUGUAUCACAACUGGAAUGAAAACUGUUGUCUGCAGUGUCCUCCUGGCAACAUCUGUCUGUUUGAUGCAAACUUGUUAGGCCAUGAUAUGGCUAUGAUAGUCUUUUUUUCACACUUGCUGCAUGAAUUAUGUUUUCAACAGUGAUUUCCCCCCCCCCCC